AUGCCUGAUAACCCAAACCAACCAACUCCCCGCUCCCUUUCCGGCCUGCCCAUCGACGGACUGUACUCGCCGGAUCAGUUAGCCGCCUCCGGUUUCGAUCCCGCUGCCGACCUUGGCGAGCCGGGUCAGUUCCCGUUCACUCGCGGCGCCUACCCCAAUAUGUACCGGGGACGUCUGUGGACCCGGCGACAGAUCGCCGGCUUUGGCACCGCCGCCGCCACCAACGAGCGCUACCGGUUCCUGCUCGACCACGGCCAAACCGGACUCAGCACCGACUUUGACCAUCCCACGCUCACCGGCUACGACUCAGACCACGAACUGGCCGAGGGCGAGGUUGGUCGUUUGGGCGUCGCCAUCGACUCCGCCGCCGACAUGGACGAGUUGUUCGACGGCAUCCCCCUCGAGCAAGCCAGCGUAUCCCUCACCAUCAACCAUCCGGCCAUCGUCCUGCUCGGCAUGUUCCUCAGCGUCGCCGAAAAGCGGGGCACCCCCUGGCCCGCCCUGCGCGGAACCGUCCAAAAUGACUCCCUCAAAGAGUUUCACGGCCAGAAAACCUUUGCGCUGCCACCUGGCCCGGCCCUCAAACUGACCACCGAUGUCGUGGAGUUCUGCACCCGGCACGUCCCCAACUGGUACACCAUUUCCAUCAGCGGUUACCACACCCGCGAGGCCGGAUCGGACGCCGUGCAGGAACUGGCCUUCACCAUCGCCCAGGGCAUGGCCUACGUUGAGUCGGCGAUGAAGCGCGGCCUGCCGGUGGAUUCCUUUGCGCCGAGACUGUCCCACUUCUUCGGCGUACACAACGACUUCUUCGAAGAGAUCGCCAAAUUCCGCGCCGCCCGACGGAUGUGGGCUCGCAUCAUGCGCGACCGCUACGGCGCCACCCGCUCCGAGUCCAUGCGAAUGCGCUUCCAUACCCAAACCCUCGGCUCCACCCUGGUGCGCCAGGACCCACUUAACAAUAUCCUGCGCGGCGGAUUGCAGGCGUUGGCAGCCGUGCUCGGCGGCACGCAGUCCCUCCACGUCAGCGGCUACGAUGAGGCGUACGACAUCCCCUCCGAAGAAGCCAUGCGCAUCUCCCUGGCCACCCAGAUGAUUCUGGCCAACGAGAGCGGUGUUUCCGCCACUCCCGAUCCACUGGGCGGUUCGGCCUACCUGGAGACCCUGACCACCCAGCUGGAAGAAGCCGCCCACGCCUACAUCGCUCGCAUCGACGAUAUGGGCAACGGCAGUAUGCUGGACGGAAUGCUGGAGGCCGUCUCCAACGGCUAUAUCGAAAGCGAAAUCGCCCAGGCAUCCUACCGCUACCAGCAGCGGGUGGAAACCGGCGACUACACCAUCGUCGGCGUCAACGACGAAUACCGCGACGACGCUGCUUCGUCCGGAUCACUGGAACUGUUCGAGUUUGACCAGGGCGAAGAAGAUCGCCAGAUCGCCCGUCUCACGCAGGUGCGCCGAUCCCGCAGCGAAGCCGAUGCUGCCCAGGCCAUCCGCCGCAUCGUCAAAACCGCCCGCGACGAUGCCAACCUGCUGCCCGCCAUCAUACCGGCGGUCGCCGCUGGGGUAACCGAGGGCGAAAUCAUGGGCGCUCUGCGUGACGAAUGGGGCGAAUACGUCGAUCCGGGCGUAUUCUAA